AGUAAAAUCUUUACAGAGUCAGUUUCCUUCAGAAGUAUCUCCCUUCACACAAAUUCUCAUUGACGAGAAAAACCAUGAAAUUGACCAUCUGAAUGAUCAAGUUCAUCAAUUAUAAGAGGAAUUGAAUAAACUUAGUUCUGGAGAGGAAAUUGUCAAUUUGCGUGAUCAAGUAGAAAGAUUACAAGGGGAACUAGAUAGAAAGAACUUUGAUUUUAUCAGAGCCUCUCACACCUCAGAUGGUUCUUUUACUGACUCGGAAAUGCCAGGAGUCAGUGCUUCAUUUGCAGAAAAGACAAGUCUUCAGCAGGAGAUAGAUGAUUCUGUAGCCAAUCAAAUUGAUCAGAUUGGUAAUCUGCUGCAACAGGAAGUAGAACAGCUGAAGAGUAGUCUUACACAGAGGGAGGAACAAAUAACAAAUCUAAAAACAGAGCUAGAAAUCAAAGUAGAACCUCCACCAAAGACUGAGGAUGCUGUUCUUCUGAAUGAUGUUUUGCAAGAGAAAGAAGCCUACAUUGAUCAGUUAAAUAUACAAGUAGAGCGAUUAAAUAAUGAAGUGGAAAGCUUGCAUGAUUUCCGUAGUAGAGAAUUGAUAAGAAAAAUGUUCUCUAUAUGGGUGGAUGGACAGCAGACAAAGUUUCAAGAAGAUUAUGACAUGGUUCAAGCUGUGUUAGAAGAAAAAGUAAAAGAAAUAGAAGAUAAGGAAAGGAAAAUAGAUCUGUUGACUCAGGAACUAACACAAAAACCAUCUGACGAUGAAUCUGUGGUACGUAACUGUAGAUAG